UGCAUUACCGCCACCUGCUGGGCUGGAACAGCAGCACAACGUCGCGCUUUCCUUUGUGUGAGCUCUGUCUAUUAUUUCGUCAGCACCAUGUCGAGAGUGUAUAUCGGAAGGUUGAGUUACAGAGCCAGAGAAAAGGACGUGGAGAGAUUCUUCAAAGGCUACGGAAAGAUUUUGGAAGUCGACCUGAAAAAUGGGUAUGGGUUUGUUGAAUUUGAUGACCCCCGUGAUGCAGACGAUGCUGUGUAUGACCUCAACGGCAAAGAGUUAUGUGGGGAAAGGGUCAUUGUGGAGCACACCAAGGGACCCCGUCGAGAUGGAGGCUAUAGUGGAAGGAGUGGAUAUGGUGGGCGCUGGGGGGGAAGAGACCGAUAUGGUCCACCAAUAAGGACAGAUUAUCGCCUCAUUGUUGAGAAUCUUUCCAGCCGCUGCAGCUGGCAGGACUUGAAGGACUACAUGAGGCAGGCAGGGGAGGUGACUUACGCUGACACCCACAAGGGCCGGAAGAACGAGGGGGUGAUAGAGUUCAGGCUCUACUCUGAUAUGAAAAGGGCUCUGGAGAAGCUUGAUGGCACAGAAGUGAAUGGCAGAAAGAUCCGACUCAUUGAGGACCGUCCCGGAGCCCGACGCCGUCGCUCUUAUUCUCGCAGCCGCAGCCACUCCAGGUCCCGUUCCAGGAGUCGCAGGUCUCGCAAAAGCCGCAGCCGCAGUGAGAGCAGCAGUCGCAGUCGCUCCCGCUCCAGGGCCGUGUCCCGCUCCCACAGCCGAUCUCGUAGCAAGAAGAAUAAACCCAAGAUCAAGAAGGAGGAAGAGGAGCACGGCAACGGUGCUCAGAAGGGCAAAGAAGGCAGCAGGAGCCGCAGCCCCAAGAGCAAGAAGAUCAAGAAAGAAAAGAAGGCCAAGAAGGAGGAAUCCAGGUCCAGAUCUCGCUCUCGCUCUAGGUCUCGUUCCAGGUCAGGAAUUAAGGAUCGCUCUAGGAAAUCUGGCUCAAAGGGCCGCGAGCAGCCCAAGAGUGAUGAUGAGGGAGGUGAGCCUGAGAGGGGCUCUCGCUCCCGUUCUCACUCCCCUGCAGAAUCCAAAUCCAGAGCCAGGUCUAAAUCAAAGUCCAAAUCAAAAUCCCGUUCCCCCUCACCUGCCAAAGCUCGGUCCCACUCCCGAUCUGCCUCACGGUCGGAGUCCCGCUCCAAGUCUCGCUCCCAGUCUCGUUCUCGCUCCCGUUCCCGCUCCUAGUUUAGAUUUUGGACUGUUUGUCAUGAGCCCUUAUACCAGUAGCCCCCUGUCCUCUGUUUACAUUGUCCGAACCCUGGAACACUACCCCUGCCCCCAGUUUUUUUUACAAGUAGCUGUAGGAUAUCAGGCACUCAAGCUCAAUGUCUGUUAUGCACAUGCUACUCGGUUUCAUUUGUUUUCAAAUCAACCUUUUUUUUUUUUUUCAUUAGAGUUGUCCCAUAAGGAGGGGUUUGUACAAAAACAGGGUGUAAUCUCCAUUUUAUGAGUUUAAAUGGUGUAGUGUGUAUCUUAGAUUUUUUUUUUAUUUUUUUUCAAAUGUAGAAACUUACUCUCAGUAUAUACUGAGUGGGAACAUGGCCUGGCAUCACCUUUUUGAAAUCUUUGUAUCAUUUUAUUUCAGAUUAAAAACAAUAAUGCCUAUUCUGAA